AUGGCUGGGGGUAAUUUUGAUUUACAAACAUUACAAUGCUGGCGUUGUGAACCAAAAGACUGUCAUCGACAUUUUGAUUUUACUCAACAUCGAAUGGAAAGUUGUGAUGGAAAAUGUUGGAAAUCAUUUGAAGUUAUUGAAACAAAAACAAAAGAAGAUCGCGAAAAAGCUGAAGAAACGCCAGCACUUCGGCAAUGUUUUUCGAGUGAAGAUCUAACAAAAGCGUCGACAAUUGGUUUGAAUUCAGCGAACGGUUGUCGAGAUGUUAAAAUGCGUGAGAAAAUUAAAAAGUUUUGUUUUUGUGAUAGUAACAUGUGUGUUCGCCGUGUUACAUGGGGUUCACCGCGUCUUGGCGCCGGGUCAAAUUGUAAAAAUGAAUAUUUGAGUGAAUCAUCUAAUUCCAUGAUAGCCGCUUGA